AUGUCCGACAAUAUCAAUAAAGAACUACUUUCGGAUACUACUACUUUAGAAGGUUUAGAAGGUAAAGAGAAUUUAUACAUUGGUCUAUAUAUCAACUUCAACAAUAAAUUUUACUUACGAAAUAUUCAACAAUUGAAAUCACAGAUUGGAGUAAGCUAUUUUUAUUGA